AUGGUUCUGUCGCUCAUCUUUAAAGUACGAAGGUCUGUCGGCAAGAAGGCAAAAUUCGCGGGGUCAGUGGCCCUUCUUCUUUUACUUUAUCUAAUUUAUGCUACCAGCGCGAACAUCUCUAAGGCACCCAGCCACACCAACAAGAAAGAGACGAACAUGUUGUAUAGGAUGGCAAACAGUGUGUCUCCCUUUGCUUUUCUCGACGGGAACAGAGAAACUGUCCUCGGUGGAGAAACUUUAAUGAAAUCUUUGCUGUCUAAUCGAAAAUUCACAAAUAAGGAAAGAGAAACUUUGAAGGAUUGGCCAAAUGCCAAGAAAUUGGACCAAUGUAGGUAUUUGGUCUACUCCAUUUAUCAACAGGAUGCAAACUGGUCUAAUGAGGGCAUGUGCACAUACCAUUCCAAUGACGAAUUGGACGAUUCUUUACUUGCUCUGAUGGGGGAGAGAUUGAGAAUUUACGAUUAUUGUUUCAUUACGGGGAAGUUGAACGUCAAGGAUGUGUUUAAUGAUUAUUUAACUGAGAAUAAUUCAAUCACUGCGUCAGAUUUCCAAAAGAGAAUGUUCCCCUUUUUACGUUCUGAUUCUGAAGAGUCCAAUGAACUAUUUUGGCCAAUAGUGACAAACUUGAAGACAGGCGAAGUACAACCACGACCAAAAGUGUCCGUGUCCCCUAAGGAAUUUAAUUCUCAGUUUUGGAAAUAUUGGAAACAAUCUUCUCAUGGGAAGGGUAUAGUUUUGACCAUGGGGGAAAGAGACGUGGAUAUGUUCAAGAAACAAUUAAGAGUCCUAGAUCAUCUGGGGAAUAAACUUCCAAUUCAACUAGUUACUGCAGGUUCAGAAUACUCACCGGAAUUUUUGAAGGAUCUUACCGAUUUCUUGAAGACCACAAAUCAAGAGGUUUACUUGGUGGAGGCUUCACCAAUAUUGGACCCUGAAUUUGUCAGUAAAUAUAUCGUUUUCUUCUUUCAUAAAUGGAUUGCCAUUUUACUUAACACCUUUGAAGAGCUAGUAUUGAUAGAUGCCGAUGUGGUACCAUUCGUACCUUUAAAAUCUUUCUUUAAGUCAGAGGGAUACAAAACAACAGGAUUGUUGCUUUUUAAGGAUAGAAACAUGAAGGGAGAGCAUACUUUCACUUACUGUAUGGAAUCAUUGAAAUAUAUGGAACCAUCAAGACAAGAAACUGAAUAUAUUCAAACUAAUCUCUUAAUUGAUUCAACAAAGGAACUUCCGUCACCAACAUCUUCAGAGGAAGCAGCCGUCUAUAAUCAUUUCUUCAAAGAUUUGAGACUUCACCAUGUUGAUAGUGGGUUGGUCACAGUUAACAAAAAUGAAAAAAUGAACGGGUUAUUAAUGUCUUUUAUGUUACAUCUAAAUGGGAAAAUUCAAAGAUGUGUUUAUGGUGACAAGGAAUUCUUUUGGUUAGGUCAAUUAUUUGCAGGACAAGAUUACUCGAUACAUCCAAUGGAUGCAGGUGUAGCAGGAGGUAUCGAUAGAUCUAACCCUAAUUCUUCCCCAAAGGAAUAUUUUAUAUGUUCAGCUCAAAUUUCACAUAUUGACGAAAAUCAAAAAUUACUUUGGCAAAAUGGUGGAUCAAAUUUUUGCGAAGUUUCCAAUAGUGCUACAUCCGAUUUUGAAAAGGAUCCUAGUUAUUUUAGAGGAAGAUAUCAAUCCAUGGAGUCAUUGAAGACCCUUUAUGAUUCUCCAGUGAAGUUUGAUGGUGUAAUUAUUCCUGAUGCUUCAGCUAAUCCAUGGCUUCAAUUGAAGGAAUGUUCGAAUUAUAUGUAUUGUGCAUUCAAUGUGGAAGAUCAUCAAAAUUCUAAGUUGGACAGUGGCUUUAUGAAAAGAUUUGAUAAAGGGACGAUGGAUGAACUAAACAAGAUUUCAGAGAUAUGGAAUCAAGGACUGACAGCUAAAAUAUAG